CCCUUGGUCCUUCAGUGGCAGCCAUGGACUGGGGCUCGCUGGCGUCUUUUGUCACGUCCAUCAACGCCACGGAGAUAAUCACGCAGCUUGAAGGCUUCAAUGUGAGCGGCGCACCCGCACUUGUCCUCGGCAACACGAGCAUCGACUACCCGACGGUUGUGAGUGCGGCCUCGGCGGCGCAGUCGGCCGUGUACGAGGCUGCGGACGCGGCGGUCGCGACCAAAGCCUCCGCGUACGCACAGCUUGGCGCGAUCGACAAUGAGCAGGCGGUGUUCGCGGUGCAGGAGCAGGUCGCGGGGCUGAAUGCGACGCAGUACCUGGAGCAGGCCGCGCAGUACCUCAGCGCGGUGAGCGAAGAGAUGUCUGCGGCGGCGCUGCAGGAGGGCGGCGAGGGGACCGAGGCCGAGGUCUCACGCGGCUCCCUCCUCCUCCUCCCCUCCGUCGGCCUCCUCGCCCUCUCCCUCCUCGCCGUCGCCCUGGCCGCGCGGCGCCGCCGGCAGAUGGCGCCGCCCGCUUCGGCGCACCUCGUCUAGCCGAUCGCCUGCUCUGGCCGGCCGUCUGGGCGCGGGCCGGUUUGCGAGGGGUCGGUCGAAGGCGCAAGGUGCAGCCGCUUCAGAGGUGAGGCGCGCGGUGAGGCGCGCGGUGCACACGGGGCCU